AUGGCCGCGGCAGCUCAACUACAUCAUCCCAUCACCUUCAGUUCGACGAGCAACGCUCGCCACCUACCCACCUCCGCCCCGUCGCUCUCGCGCCGUCGCCCUCGACAGCCGCGUAGCUGCCAGGCCCGGCGGCUUCUAGCGCUCAGCGGCGAGGAGGGGGACGACGUCGGGGCGACGAGGCAGCGGCCGGCGCUGCCGCGGUUCCUGUGCCUGCACGGGUUCCGCACCAGCGGGAAGAUCAUGCGGAGGCAGGUGGAGGACAGGUGGCCCGCCGAGGUCACCUCCCGCCUGGACCUCGCCUUCGCCGACGCGCCCUUCCCCGCCGCCGGCGAGUCCCCGGUGCGCGGCGUCUUCGACCCGCCCUACUACGAGUGGUGCCAGUUCGUCGGCGAGGAUUUCCUCAGGUGCAGCAACUUCAGCGAUUUCUUGGCCAACAUCGAGGAGCUUAUGGUCAGAGAAGGGCCGUUCGACGGAUUGUUCGGUUUCUCUCAGGGCGCUCUCCUCUCAGCAGCCCUUGUUGGGCUCCAGGAACAAGGGCUCACCUUGAGCAGAGUUCCUAUGGUGAAGUACGUCAUAGUUAUAUCCGGUGGGAAGAUCCAGUCGCCGGCAUUGGCCGCGAGGGCGUACCACACCAAGAUCAAGUGCCCUUCGCUUCACUUCAUUGGAGACAAUGACUUUACGAAAACCCACGGCGAGGAGCUGGCAGACUCAUUCGUGGAUCCACUUGUUCUACGUCACCCGGCCGGCCACACCGUUCCCAGACUUGACGAGAAGGGUCUCCAAGGGAUGCUCAACUACCUUGACAAGGUCGAAGGGGAGGUGUUGGCGCGGCAUACUUCAAUUGGUGUCGAUAACAACUCCACUUCAUAAUUCUAUAUGAGAUGUGAACAUCAUGGUAGGGCGAUGUAUUAUAGGCUGUUGCAGUUUUCCGGCGAUAGUGCUAGAGAUUUCUAUGCUCUAGAACACUAUCAGAGGUUAACUACAAAAGGAAACACGAAUCCGAUUUCAUUUGUAUUUUCUUGAGCAUUUCUUUGGACUUUGGGAUGGCGGGGAAUGGGCUGAUGGGUGCUUGAUCCAGCUCCGAUAAGCCUCCGGGAAAGCGCGGAUUCAUGAUUGCCAAGCCCGAGUCAGUGAAGGAUGCUGCCUCAGUUCUUGAUGGUCAAAGGUUAGCGAAAUCAAGUUUUUCUGAUGUUGCAUGUGGUGUUUGACACGUUUCAGGUGUUUAUGUUGUUUGUUAUGUAUGCAUAAGCCACAUGUUGCAAAGAUUCUAGUUGUAUGCUUCAGGAUGAUUCUCAUGGUGCAAAUGUGUUUCCUUGUUGU